AUAUGACGGAGAACAUGGAUGCACAAAGUUGAGACAGUGGAACCGCAUACACGUAAUAAUUACCCUUUUUUCUUUCAAGCAAAUUAGCAAAAUAGAGAGCAAAGACCGAGCCCGGGGAUUACGAAGAAGGAGAAGAAGGGAGAGGACACAAAUAUCAACAAGAAAUUUAAAAAAAAGGUUAAGUGACAGCGCUCCUUACUGUUAUUGAGUUCUGUAAUGAACUUGUGGGGAAACCUGAGAGUUGCCAUUGAUUGCUCUUGAGGCAACAAUGAAGCGAUUUGUUUACAUUAAUGAUGAUGAAUCAUCACAAGAACUUUACUGUGACAACCGAAUUUCAAACAGAAAAUAUACUGUAUUGAACUUUCUCCCUAAAAAUUUAUGGGAGCAGUUCAGCCGGUUCAUGAACCAAUAUUUCUUAUUGAUUGCUUGCCUUCAGUUAUGGUCGCUAAUUACUCCAGUAAAUCCUGCCAGUACAUGGGGUCCACUAAUUUUUAUAUUUGCUGUCUCUGCAUCGAAAGAAGCAUGGGAUGAUUACAAUAGAUAUUUGUCUGACAAGAAAGCAAAUGAGAAACACAUCUGGGUUGUUAGGCAGGGUAUCAGGAAACAUAUCCAAGCACAGGAUAUUCAUGUUGGUAAUAUAGUGUGGCUUCGUGAGAAUGAUGAAGUUCCAUGUGAUCUCGUUUUGAUUGGUACCUCUGAUACACAAGGCCUUUGCUAUGUUGAGACUGCUGCCCUUGAUGGCGAAACUGAUCUAAAGACAAGGGUAAUACCCUCUGCUUGCAUGGGAAUGGAUUUUGAAUUGCUGCAUAAAAUCAAAGGUGUUAUUGAGUGUCCAAAUCCGGAUAAGGAUAUUAGAAGAUUUGAUGCUAAUUUGCGUUUGUUUCCUCCAUUUAUUGAUAAUGAUUUGUGUCCUUUAACCAUAAAAAAUACACUUCUUCAGUCAUGCUACCUGAGGAACACAGAAUGGGCUUGUGGAGUAGCUGUCUACACAGGAAAUGAAACUAAAUUGGGUAUGAGUAGGGGCAUACCGGAGCCAAAGCUAACGGCCAUGGAUGCCAUGAUUGACAAGUUAACUGGGGCAAUAUUUGUUUUCCAGAUAGUGGUUGUUAUGGUUCUUGGUAUAGCCGGGAAUGUGUGGAAGGAUACAGAAGCAAGAAAGCAAUGGUACGUGCUAUAUCCAAUUGAAGGUCCAUGGUAUGAGCUAUUGGUCAUUCCUCUUCGUUUUGAGCUUCUGUGUUCCAUCAUGAUACCCAUAUCUAUUAAGGUGUCUCUGGAUCUUGUGAAGAGUUUAUAUGCGAAGUUUAUUGAUUGGGACUCUGAGAUGAUAGACCAAGAUACUGGUAUUCCAUCACAUGCAACAAACACAGCAAUAAGUGAGGACCUUGGACAAGUUGAGUAUAUACUGACUGACAAAACCGGAACCCUUACUGAAAAUAGAAUGAUCUUUAGAAGAUGUUGCAUUAGUGGUAUUUUCUAUGGAAAUGAGAGUGGUGAUGCAUUGAAAGAUGUGAAGCUGCUUAAUGCUGUUGCUGGUAGCUCUCCUGAUGUUGUUCGGUUUCUCACAGUUAUGGCUAUAUGUAAUACUGUUAUACCUAUAAAGAGCAAAACCGGAGCCAUCUUGUACAAGGCACAAUCUCAGGAUGAAGAUGCUCUUGUUAAUGCUGCUGCUCGAUUGCACAUGGUUUAUGUCAAUAAAAAUGCAAAUAUUCUAGAGAUCAGGUUCAACGGUUCAGUAAUUCAGUAUGAAGUAUUGGAGACUUUGGAGUUCACUUCUGAUAGGAAAAGAAUGUCGGUGGUUGUUAAAGAUUGCCAGAAUGGAAAAAUUGUCCUUCUGUCAAAGGGCGCAGAUGAGGCAAUUCUUCCUUAUGCUUAUGCUGGACAACAAACAAGAGCGCUUGUUGAAGCUGUAGAACAAUAUGCUCAAUUGGGGCUUCGUACAUUAUGCUUAGCUUGGCGUGAAUUGAAAGAAGAUGAGUAUCAAGAGUGGUCUUUGAUGUUCAAAGAGGCCAGUAGUACAUUGGUUGAUAGGGAGUGGAGGAUUGCAGAGGUCUGCCAAAGAUUAGAACAUGAUUUUGAGGUUCUAGGAGUUACUGCAAUAGAGGAUCGUCUACAGGAUGGUGUACCAGAAACAAUCGAGACACUCAGGAAAGCAGGAAUAAAUUUUUGGAUGCUGACCGGCGACAAGCAGAAUACUGCCAUACAGAUUGCUCUUUCUUGCAAUUUUAUUUCCCCAGAGCCAAAAGGUCAGCUUCUUCUAAUUGAUGGCAAAACUGAAGGUGAAGUUUGUAGAAGCUUAGAGAGAGUUUUGCUUACAAUGAGGAUAACAUCUUCGGAACCAAAGGAUGUGGCAUUUGUUGUCGAUGGAUGGGCUCUUGAAAUUGCACUUAAGCAUUACCGGAAAGCUUUUACAGAAUUAGCUAUUUUGUCAAGGACUGCUAUAUGUUGUCGUGUUACACCAUCGCAAAAAGCACAGCUUGUCGAACUCUUAAAAUCGUGUGAUUAUAGAACAUUGGCUAUUGGGGAUGGCGGAAAUGAUGUGAGAAUGAUACAACAAGCUGAUAUUGGUGUCGGCAUUAGUGGAAGAGAAGGGCUGCAGGCAGCAAGGGCGGCUGAUUAUAGUAUUGGAAAGUUCAGGUUUCUUAAAAGAUUGAUACUUGUUCAUGGCCGUUAUUCCUACAAUCGCACAGCAUUUCUGUCCCAGUAUUCCUUCUAUAAGUCACUAGUUAUAUGUUUCAUCCAAAUUUUUUUCUCUUUUAUUUCAGGAGUCUCUGGAACUAGUCUUUUCAAUUCUGUUAGCUUGAUGGCCUAUAAUGUUUUCUACACCAGUGUUCCUGUUCUAGUCAGUGUACUUGACAAAGAUCUUAGUGAAGGAACUGUUAUGCAGCAUCCACAAAUUUUAGUUUACUGCCAAGCGGGAAGGCUUCUGAAUCCAAGUACAUUUGCUGGAUGGUUUGGUCGAUCUCUGUUCCAUGCAAUUGUUGUCUUUGUGAUCACCAUACAUGCUUAUGCUUUUGAGAAAAGUGAAAUGGAAGAACUUUCUAUGGUGGCCCUCUCAGGAUGUAUAUGGUUGCAGGCUUUUGUUGUGGCAUUGGAGACAAAUUCCUUCACAAUAUUGCAACAUCUUGCCAUAUGGGGGAAUUUAGUUGCUUUCUAUGUCAUUAAUUGGGUUUUCAGUGCGAUUCCUUCAUCUGGGAUGUACACUAUUAUGUUCCGGUUAUGUAGGCAACCGUCUUAUUGGAUAACUAUGUUUCUCAUAGUUGCAGCAGGGAUGGGUCCAGUUCUAGCUUUGAAAUACUUUCGGUACACGUACAGACCGAGUAAAAUCAAUGCACUUCAGCAGGCUGAACGAAUGGGUGGGCCGAUUCUAAGUUUAGGCAAUAUCGAGCCACAACCAAGAUUGAUGGAGAAAGAAGUUUCUCCCUUGUCAAUUACUCAACCAAAGAACAGAAAUCCAGUUUAUGAGCCUCUUCUAUCGGAUUCACCAAAUUCUACUAGAAGGUCUUUCGGGUCAGGAGCUCCAUUUGAUUUUUUUCAGUCGCAAUCUAGAUUGUCUUCAAGCUAUUCAAGAAACUGCAAGGACAAUUGAGGUAUGCAGACGUCUGUAGCUAACAUAUGUUGCAGAAUUUUUUGUUUUUGGAGGGUUGGGGGGUAUAUCCACAUCCGCAAUCCAAAUACUUGAUUUACAUUUUGACAUAUGGAAUUUUUAUGGCAUUCUUUUGAAUGAAAUUGCAACUAUUGAUGUUCUCUAUG